AAUCUGAGCAUUGGCGCUCGGAUAAGAGUACGCCGGGCGCCUCUUCAUCAUGCUGGCAAAGUGUUCCGUGGUUUUAGUCAAUGUUUUUUUGUUUUUCGCACCUCUGUGUUCGUCUUGUCCAAGCCGGUGCCUUUGCUUUCGGACGACCGUGCGGUGCAUGCACUUAAUGCUGGAAAAUGUCCCCGAAGUUUCUGCACAGACAACUAUUUUGGAUCUACGAUUCAAUCGUAUUAAGGAAAUUCGUCCAGCAGCCUUUAGGAGACUGAGGAAUCUGAACACAUUGCUGCUCAACAAUAACCAGAUUAAGGGAAUUCCACGGAGGGCCUUUGAGGAGUUGGAAAAUCUGAAAUAUCUCUACCUUUACAAAAAUGAAAUCCAGACAAUUCAGGCACAAGCGUUUAAGGGGUUGGUUUCCCUGGAACAGCUGUACCUUCACUUUAAUAAUAUAGAAGUGUUAGAAUCUGAAACUUUUAAUGACCUUCCUAAACUUGAAAGAUUGUUCUUGCACAACAAUAAACUAUCGAGAAUACAUCCAGGGACCUUCCACCAACUUGAAUCAUUGAAAAGACUUCGCUUGGACUCCAAUUCACUGAUCUGUGAUUGUGAAUUAAUGUGGCUGUCAGAACUGUUGAAGAAGUAUGCUGAACACGGUAACGCCCAGACAGCUGCUACCUGUGAGCAUCCCCGAAGGCUGCAGGGACGGUCGAUUACAACAGUAACAGUACAGGAGUUUAAUUGUGAAAGACCUCGUAUCACUUCUGAGCCACAGGAUGUGGAUGUUACUCUGGGAAACACAGUUUACUUCACCUGCCGGGCAGAGGGCAACCCUAAGCCCAACAUCAUCUGGUUGCACAAUAAUAAUGAGAUAGAUAUGAAAGAUGACAAUCGUGUGAACCUAUUGGAAGAUGGCACACUGAUGAUUCAGGACAUAAAAGAGUCGGACCAAGGUGCCUACCAGUGCAUGGCCAAAAAUGUUGCAGGAGAGGUCAAGACGAAUGAAGUAAUCCUCCGGUAUUUUGGAACACCAUCAAAACCCACUUUUGUGAUUCAGCCUCAAAACACGGAGGUAUUGGUAGGGGAAAGCGUCACACUUGAAUGCGGAGUCUCGGGACAUCCUCAACCUCGCAUCAUCUGGACUAAGGGUAAUAACAACCCAAUUCCUGAUGACUUCAGGUACACCAUCACUUCUUCUGGCGGGCUGUUCAUGCAGAAUGUCACCUUUGAGGAUCAGGGACAGUACAACUGUAAUGCAAGCAACACUGAAGGGUCCAUCCAGGCUGUGGCCCACAUCAUCGUACAAGAUGGUCCUAGAUUCUCUGUGAUUCCCAGCAAUCAGGUUGUGGUGGAAGGAACUGCUGUGGAUUUUUACUGCCUUGCAGAGGGAACCCCAGCCCCAGUAAUUGCCUGGACUAAAGCAGGUGGUCAGUUGCCCAAUGACCGAAGACACACUGUUUUAUCUACUGGAACACUGCGUAUUGUGAGAGUUGCUGCCCAUGAUCAAGGCCAGUAUGAAUGUCAUGCCAUUAGUGUUGUGGGGGCAAGACACGUGCCAGUACAACUGACUGUUGAGUCACUAGUGACACCUGUGUUUAUUCACACACCAUACGACACCACAGCAGAAACUGGUCAGGAUGUGGAAGUUCAAUGCUCUGCACAAGGAGAACCUCACCCCAUCAUUACAUGGACCAAGGAUGGUGUACAAAUCACAGACAGUGGAAAGUUCUUUGUCACUCCAGAGGGAGCUCUGAUUAUUCGAGAUGUUGGAGAAGCAGAUCAGGGCCGAUAUGAAUGCAUUGCCCGUAAUGCAUUUGGCUUUAUCUCCAGUAAUAUGUUGUUAACUGUCACUGCCCUAGAGGGUGGACGAACUGGCGAUACCUUUGUUGAAGAGUCUCUCCAGGAAGCUAUAAACAGCAUUGACAGUGCAAUUAAUUCAACGCGAAGGGAUUUGUUUGAUAAGCGUCCACGUACCCCAAAUGACCUACUGGCCCUAUUCCGUUACCCACGUGACCCCUACACUGUGGAAGCAGCAAGAGCGGGUGAAAUCUUUGAGAGAACACUACAAUUGAUUCAGGAGCAUGUACAGCAAGGCCUAACUGUGAACCUCAAUAACACAAGUUAUCGCUAUAAUGAUCUGGUUUCUCCAAGAUACCUUAACAUGAUUGCUAAUAUUUCGGGAUGUACUACUCACAGACGUUCCCCUGACUGUAUAGACAUUUGUUUUCACCAAAAGUAUAGAACACAUGAUGGCACUUGUAAUAACCUGCAGCAUCCAAUGUGGGGAGCAUCGCUUACUGCUUUUGAAAGACUUCUGAAGCCCGUGUAUGAAAAUGGAUUUAACCUUCCAAGGGGUUCCAAUCUGAACCAGGAGGACAGUAGGCACCCUCUACCAUUGCCUCGUCUGGUUUCCACAACAGUGGUCGGCACUGAAACCAUCACUCCUGAUGACCAAUAUACACACCUACUAAUGCAGUGGGGCCAAUUUCUAGAUCAUGAUUUGGAUUUAACAGUGGCUGCACUGAGUAUGUCUCGGUUUUCUGACGGAGAGCCAUGCAACAAGUUCUGCACCAAUGAUCCUCCAUGUUUUCCGAUUUUGAUCCCAGAUGAUGAUCCUCGUGUGAGGAAUGGCCGAUGUAUGUUCUUUGUGCGCUCUAGCCCUGUUUGUGGCAGUGGAAUGACCUCCUUGUUAAUGAACUCUGUGUACCCAAGAGAACAGAUUAAUCACUUGACAUCCUACAUUGAUGCAUCUAAUGUUUACGGAAGUACAGAGCAUGAGGCCCGUGAGUUGAGGGAUCUAACCAAUCAACGUGGUCUAUUAAAGGCCGGUCAGGUUGUGCCUAAAUCUGGCAAACAUUUGUUGCCUUUUGCAACAGGCCCACCAACCGAGUGUAUGAGGGAUACAAAUGAGAGCCCUAUUCCAUGCUUCCUUGCAGGUGAUCACAGAUCCAAUGAGCAUAUUGCAUUGACAGCAGUACACACACUGUGGUUCCGUGAACACAACCGAAUUGCAACAGAGCUACUGAAACUCAGUCCACAUUGGGAUGGCGAUACCAUCUAUCACGAAGCACGCAAAAUUGUUGCCGCUCAAAUGCAGCAUAUCACAUAUUCACAUUGGUUAUCCAAAAUCCUAGGAGAUGUUGGUAUGAAAAUACUAGGUGACUACAAGGGCUACAAUCCAAAUAUCAAUGCAGGUAUUGUCAAUGCUUUUGCCACAGCAGCUUUUCGCUUUGGUCACACACUCAUCAAUCCAAUUCUGUAUCGACUGAAUGAAUCCUUCCAGCCAAUUCCUGAAGGCCAUCUUCCAUUGCAUAAGGCCUUCUUCUCGCCAUUCAGACUUAUUCAGGAGGGUGGCAUCGACCCACUUCUUCGUGGCCUUUUUGCUGUCCCUGGAAAAAUGAGAGUUCCAACUGAACUUUUGAACCUGGAGCUCACGGAAAAGUUGUUUUCCAUGGUGCAUGCUGUUUCCCUUGAUUUAGCAGCAAUGAAUAUCCAGCGUGGACGUGAUCAUGGAAUACCUCCAUACAAUGACUACAGGGUUUUCUGUAACCUCACAUCUGCUCACGACUUUGAAGAUUUGAAAAAUGAGAUCAAGAAUCCAGAGAUUCGAAAAAAACUAGAAAGGUUGUAUGGUGCUCCACGGAAUAUAGACCUUUGGCCUGCACUGAUGGUAGAAGAUUUGAUACCUGGCACAAGAGUGGGACCUGUGCUGCUAUGCCUGCUUAGUACUCAAUUUCGUAGACUAAGAGAUGGAGACAGAUUCUGGUAUGAAAAUCCGGGAGUCUUCACUCCAACCCAGUUAACUCAGAUUAAACAAGCUUCACUUGCACGAGUUAUGUGUGAUAAUGGAGACAACAUCCAGCAGGUUCAACCAGAUGUGUUUAGAGUGUCAAAUUAUCCUCAGGGCUUUGUCAGCUGCAGGGAAAUUCCACAGAUUGACCUCCGAAUGUGGCAGGACUGUUGUGAAGAUUGUACAACUCGGGGACAGUUUAAUACUCUGUCACAAAGAUUCCGCAGCAAGCGUUCAGAAGAGUUUAGUUUCCCAGAAGACAAAUCUGCCAAUGACAAACGGGUGAAGAAACAAAGCAAGAGAGAUAGGGAAGUUCAGGAAAAGGUUUCCAACUCCUCCGCUAUACAGCUUGACAAUUGUGGAGCUGAACUAGAAAACCUGAGGAGAAAGAUAGAAAAGCUCGAAGCUCACUUGAAAUUAGCAGGCUGCAUUGACGAAGAUGGGAAUAUAAGACGCGAAGAUGAACAUUGGCAGAAAGAUCCAUGCACGCUGUGCCAUUGUAAGGAUACAGAGGCCAAAUGUGUGGUGACAACCUGCCCUCAGAACUGCAACAAACCAGUAAAGAAGCAAGGUGAAUGUUGUCCUGUCUGUGAGGAGUGAACCAACAGGGACAACCAGUUAAAAUAUACAUAAGUAAAAUCAACAGAUUAUAUCACCUCUGUUGACAUCCAGGCACUGAAUGCAUCUGUGAUUGUUUGAAUAAUUUUGUAUUUUUGUAACAGUUCAUCUCUUCCCCCCUCUCCGCUCCCCUCCCCGCCAUCUCGACCCAUCAGAAGCCUGACUCACCCAGUCAACACGGACAUAUUGAUUGUUAAGCUGAAAUAGUCCAAAUGUUUAAUUUUUACUCAUGUCUGCCAGUUACAAUGUGCACUGUUUUAAAGAAACAUGUUCUCUUUAUAGUAAGUGUCAUAUUGGGAUUUCUACAAACACAACUUUUUAACUAUACAAAUGUCAAGGUGCUUCAUGGUUACCUCAGAACAAAGGAUUUCUCAUCACUGUGGUGCUAAAUAUUUAGUUUUUAUUAGUUAGAAAGGUAUUACAUCUUGAAUUUUAUACAUUGUACCUUUUUUUUGACUUGUUGGACUUGUCAAUUUGUAUACACUGUUACAUUUUGCCCAGCCCUCAGUUGGAACUUCAAUGAAUUAUACCAUGGAUGGUACAACUUGCUACACUAGGGUUAAGGUGAAAACUGUUAACUUUUUCCAGUAAUGUUUUCAGAGGGCAUAGGCACACUACUCAGAAUAGGCUAAGUGUCAUCAUACUGCUCACCAGUUAUGUUGUAAGGACUGACCUGCAUUGUAAUGUGUGUUGAUUAGAUUGGGUGCUUUAAAUUACAGGUACUGUAUUAAAAGUUAGUAGGUGAAUUUUUUGUGGGUUCUUCACUACCCAACACGUAUUGAAAAAUCAUGUGAGUGCAAGCCUUUAUUGAAAAUCAUGGGCUGAACUAGUUAUUUUCUUGAAUGUUGCGCCCAGUGGUCAAGGCAUGAAGCCAAGAAGACAAAGUGGAAAAUGUAUCCUUGUAUGAUAUAAUGUAUAAAUAAGGGAAUCAUUUGCCCUGGUUCCAGGUCUAGGGGGUCAUUUUCCAAGUUAUGUGUUGCCAGCAGGGACUUAUGCCUGCUCCCACCACACACUGGAAAAUUGCAGGUGUUUGAUUUCAAUGAAAGUCACAUCCGCGCAUCUGGUUCUGUCCCCAAUGCCUGCAUGCACUUGGAAUGUUACCCGUAUGGCUUGUAUCUGUUUUCACUGUUCAUCAAGUUGUAAUUUCACUUGUGUAUGAAGUGAAACUUGCUACAUGACACUGUAUGUACUCAGCCAGUCAGAAAAAAAAACCUUCAAUUAAAAACAUGUAUUUUUGC